GGGAGGCGCACAUGCAUUGAGAGAAACACACGCACACACACACACACACACACACACACACAGACACACACACACACACAUAGUGGCGGCCACAUUUUCACAGCCUGCUCUUCAGACUGACAGCAGCAAACGGAGUUGAGAGGCAGCACGAUAGAGAGAGAGAGAGGAAGAGAAAGAGGAUUGGAAACAAGGAAGGCAUCCACAGAGGAGAGGAGACUACACAGGGUUUGCCCCCCCUUUUUUCAUCUUUUAUCCCUCUGGGAACCAUACAAGGAUUCUCCCCUAUACUCCUCUUGAAGUGAACUUGCUCUGCUGCUUCAAGGACCUGCACCCUGCAAUGGCAGCCCCGGUGGGACAUGGGAACACCGUCUCCCUCUCAUCUUGCUUGCAUCGUUGGACUUCCCUCCUCUGGGCUCUGUUGACCCUUUCAAGCCAAGUGUCGGGCUUUAAUCUGGAUAUUACUCACACACUGCACAAGUUGGGAGACCGUGGCACCUUUUUUGGUUUCUCUCUAGCACUCCACCAGCAGCUUACCCCCGAGCCUCAGAGCUGGAUCCUGGUGGGGGCGCCACAGGCAGCAGGGCACGGCCAAUUGAGGGGCAGCCGGCCGGGAGCCUUGUUCAAGUGUCCAAUCACACCGGAGGAGUACGACUGUGAGAGGGUGGAUAUUGAUGGAGAAGUGAAUCUGAACAAAGAGAGCAAAGACAACCAGUGGCUGGGGGUCACUGUCAAGAGUCAGGGGAUUGGAGGGAAGGUGGUGACCUGCGCUCACCUGUAUGAGCUCAGGCAACGCGUGAACAAACCGGCAGAGACUCGCGACCCCAUCGGACGCUGCUACGUCCUCAGUGAGGAUCUGACAGAGCGAGACGACCUGGACGGAGGGGAGUGGAAGUUCUGCGAGGGCCGGCCGCAGGGACACGAGCAGUUUGGCUUCUGUCAGCAGGGGCUCUCUGUCAGUUUCAGCCCGGAUAACAACUUCAUACUGUUUGGUGCUCCGGGAACUUACAACUGGAAAGGGCUCUUGUUCAUGGCUAGCCCAAUUGAAGAUGCACUGCUGUACAAAACUCUGGAGCCCUCCAGCCGGCCCACAACGUUUGAGGAUGUAGCUCCUAAUAGCUACUUAGGGUUUUCUGUGGACUCGGCCAUGGGGAUCAUGAGCCUCGGGGAGCUGACCUUCGUGGCGGGUGCACCUCGAGCCAAUCACACGGGGGCAGUGGUGCUGCUGAGGAAGGACAACGUCUACCGACUGGUGCCACAGCACAUCUUCUGGGGGGAGGAGCUGGCGUCUUCAUUUGGGUACUCUGUAGCUACGGUGGAUCUAAACAAGGACGGAUGGACAGAUUUGAUUGUUGGAGCUCCUAAUUUCUUUGACCGUAAGGCAGAGAUUGGUGGAGCAGUGUAUGUGUACCUAAACCCCUUCGGUCACUGGGACGAUCAGGCUCGGCCCAUCCGUCUCAACGGGACCUACGACUCCAUGUUUGGAAUAACAGUCAGCAAUAUAGGAGAUCUGGAUCAGGACGGAUACGGGGAUAUUGCUGUGGGGGCACCGUUUGAUGGAGAUGGCAAAGUGUUUAUCUACAGAGGCUCAGAUUCUGGCAUUGAAACAAAACCGGCUCAGGUGCUGGAUGGUCGUGACUUUGAUGUGAGAUGUUUUGGAUACUCUAUCUCAGGCGGUUUGGAUAUCGAUAAUAACCACUACCCUGAUAUUGCGGUGGGCUCUCUUAAUGACUCAGUGGUUCUCUUCAGGUCUCGGCCAGUCAUCCAUGUGAUCAGAGAUGUAUCUAUCGACCCUCAGUUUAUUGAUCUGGAACAGUACAACUGCAAGGGCAGAGAAGGAGUCUGCAUGGAGGUCAAGGCCUGCUUCACCUUCACGGCCCACCCAGAGCACUACUCACCACACAUUACACUCGUGGUGCACUUUGAAGCUGACACAGAGCGCAGGAAGUUGGGCCUCCCGCACCGCGUUAACUUCCUGGGCCGCAGUUCCUUGGAGCCGGAGUAUACUCAGAUAGAAGAAGUGGAGCUGCAUCGGCAGCGUCACCCUGUGUGCACCACUGCUACCUUCCAGCUCCAUGAGAACAUCCGUGACAAACUGCGUCCGAUCUCAUUGGCGAUAACCCACACCAUCAAGUCUGUGCCACCACGCAGACACUCAGGUGCCAAGAGGCUGGAGAAGCUGGCUCCGGUGCUGAGUGUUUCCCCGUCAAACACGCUGCACUCUGAGGUGAACUUCCUUCGAGAAGGAUGCGGCAGCGACAAAAUCUGCCAGAGCAACCUGAAGCUGAGCUACCAGUUUGGAACGCGACCCCUGACCUCUGACCUCUUCACCCCUCUGCCAAAAGAUGAGGAUGAUGUGCAGGUGUUCUCCCUGUCAGACCAGCGGUUGGUGGUGCUGGAGAUCAGUGUCACCAACAUACCGUCCGACCCGCUGCUCCCUGAAGAGGACGGCGAUGACGCCCACGCUGCUCAGCUGCUCAUCUCCCUUCCAAACACUCUGUCGUACGCCGGCUCCAGGAUCACACAACAGAUGAGAUGCCAAGCGAACCCGAAUGGCUCUCAAGUUGAAUGUGACCUGGGAAACCCUGUGAAGCGAGGUAAUAAGCUGACAUUCUCCAUCAACUUCGGUACAUCUAACAUCACAAUUGAGACCACUGAGUUGACUGCAGAUCUCUUAUUGACAACCAUCAGCGAACAGCCUGAACUGCCACCAGUCACGGCUUUUGCUAAAGUUGUGAUAGAGCUCCCUCUGUCUGUCAGUGGUUUUAGCCGUCCUCACCAGCUGUUCUUCAGCGGGGCAGUGAAGGGAGAGAGUGCCAUGACCAGUCUGGAGGACAUCGGCAGCCCUGUGGAUUUUGAGUUUGUGGUUGCUAAUCCUGGCCAAGCUCUGCAAAUGCUCGGCUCAGCCUUCCUCAACAUCAUGUGGCCUUACGGACUGGCCAACGAGAAAUGGCUUCUGUAUCCUGUCAGCUUGAAGUUUGAGGGCCACCCAGACACACAGUGCACCUCAACAGGGUCCUUGAAUACUCUGAAGCUCCACAGCUCUGCAGAACCUCCACAGCCUGCCAAUCACAAGGCUGGGCGAACGCGCCGUUCCCACCCGGAGGAGGUAGGUCAAGUGGCGACAAAAGGCAGCAUGGGACGAACCACCCCAGCUGUGGCAGCUUCAGAGAGACGCAAGUCGCUCAAACUGGAUUGUCUCUUGGGGUCGGCACGCUGUGUCCUCUUUCAGUGCCCCCUCCACAGCUUCUCCGGUCAUGCUGUCCUCAAGAUCCAUGCCAGGCUGUGGAACAGCAGCUUCAUAGAGGAGUUUGCAGCAGUCAGUGCCCUGGAGCUGCUGGUCAGAGCCAACAUCACUGUGAAGUCCAGCAUCAAACACCUGCUCCUCAAGGAUGCUGCUGCUCAGGUGCCAGUGAUGAUCUAUCCCGAGCCUGGUCUUACUGACCAGUACAGGAUCCCCUGGUGGAUCAUCCUCAUAGCCGUCCUGGCGGGCAUGCUGCUGCUGACUCUGUUGGUCUGCAUACUGUGGAAGUGUGGCUUCUUCCAACGGGCCCACUACAAAGACAAAUUGCCUCAGUACCACGCGGUGAAGAUUCCUCGCGAGGACCGGCCACAGUUCCAUACUGAGAAGUCAGGAGUUGUCCAUAAAAAGGAAUGGGCCACGCACUGGAGCGACGGGACCUCGUAACUUGCUUUGAAGCACUGACUCACUGAAUUAAUUCAAAUCACCGUGUGUGGCACUCAUCCUGUCUUUGCAUUGGAAUUAACUGACUAAACAAAGUGCACAUAGACCGAGAUCAUGACAUCGUGUGCACUCUGUACUGUGUCAGUACUUGCAUAUUGGUGGCCUGUCACACUGGGACUGGCUCUAUACUUUCUCAUGCUGUAGCCUGCUGAUGGCUGGCGCUUGCAUAGUGUAUUUAUACUGUGCAUCUAAAUCAGCGUGUUAACAUGAAUACCGAAGGUCAACAACAAUUUAUCAACAACAAUCAGUCCAGCUGCUCAAUAUGCUUUACAGAAGGAGUGCUGAUGCUCACAUGGACUUCACCAUCUGUCAUCAGAUCAAAGGAGGACAGAAAACCACAAUUCAAAAACAUGCAUGAAUGCACAAGCAUACAGUAUAAUCUUAGAUGCAUACAGAGACUCUGGACAUUUUUGACGAAAAAGCCACUGCCCAUGACAAAAACUAUUUUUUGCCUUAAAUACUCUAAGACUGACAAAUAAUAUGGGCAAUGAAAGAAAAGCAUUUUUUUUUAAUAAAUCUCUUUCUUUUAGUUAGCAAAGUUGUAAACAUUGGGAAAGUGUUUACGAUAUCAGUUUAAUAAUAUGUUGCCUAACUCUAAAUGUGUAGUUUUCUGGGCUUGCUGUUUGCUCUGGAAAUGAUGUUUUUUUGUAAAUCUUUAUUCAAGGAAAAGAAAUGCCUUUUUGUGUCAAUAUCUUUUUGACUUGUUGUUAAUAUUUCAGUUAAGUGUACUGUACAUCAAUAGUUUACCACCUGAGUGAACUUGAAUAAGAAUCAUUUAAAAAAAAAAAAAUAUGACAGCCAUGGCCACAGCACUGCAAUUGCAUGAAAACCAAAUAUCUAAGAAAAGCGAAACAAUAUUCAAAAUACGGUCUGGCAUUUGCAGUGUAAGCAUUUAUAUUUCUUAAGCAAGGUUUAAAAGGACUAUGUGUGAAAACAUGGCCUUAAAUUAAAACCUUUAAUAAUAUGUAUGAUUCAAUUAGAUCAUAGUUAUGAGGUCUUCAACAAUAUCUUUAUUUUUAUUUUUGUUACUGAGAGACAUCAUAACCUUUGUAUAACAGGUUGAAAACUUUUUCUCUGUAUUAUAUUAACCCGCUUGUCGAACAGUACCUGUUCCUGGUCCUGGACUCCAGUCACACCAGCCAGGGUAAGAUAGUACAUUCAUUUCAGUACUGACAUUUCUAACUGCAUACAAGUGCCUUAUGGUAGAAGUGGCAGAUCGUGAGCUACUGGUAAAGAACACAAGGCAACUGGCAAACUAGAUCAGGCCGCGGCCCUGAAGCAUCUGUUGGAUACAUGUAGACAAAUACACUAAAUGAAGACAGGAGAGCAGACUACUCGAGGAGCAGAACAUGUCGGCAAGGAACCACACAAACUGUCUUUGGAUUUAAUUUGGGUCGAUGAAGUGGCUGUAAAGCAUGAAGAGUCAGCUUGUUUUUAUGGUAUUGCUGGACAAUCUAUUAGCUGCAUGAAGCUCCUGUUGCUGUUCUGACCUUCCCCUAUUUUGGGUUUUGAUGUUGUCAUAACUGAGUGUUUUAUUUAUUCUAUGUUUUGCUGCACCGUUUUAACAUUGUAAAUAAAAUUAAAGG